ACGUAAUACCCAGGACAGCCAAUAGGGAUAAAAGCUUAUACACAAAUCUGCCAUGACCUAGUAGUGAAGACUGUUUAAAAACACUGGUCUCCACUUAGCUUGUAAAUGCGCAUCACCCUCUUUCUCACUCAUAUAUUCUCUCUCUCUCUGACACACACACACACACGCUCCUGCAUUUGCAGAAGACAGACAUCUAGGGCACUUCUUGGAAUCCACAGGAAAAUCAUAUGGGAUUACAAAACCAGAGCAGAAUUGCUGAAAGCUGCCUCUCGAGGAUUGCAACUUCACCUUUUGCUUUUACGGAUGCUUGUUUACUAUCCUUGUGGUAACCUCUGGACAGCCAGUAAUCCAUUCAUUAUCCACACUGAUUGAGUGCAGGAGUAGUGCAGUGGUAACUACUUCACUCAGCUGACGGCAGACGACAAAAGGAGGGAAAUGAUGAAUUCGGACAAUUUAACCUCCCAAAGCUUCCUCUCUGCGAUUCAUAGCAAUGCCAGCAAUUUAUUUUCAGGGCUCCAGUUUCUUCAGACCUUCAAGCCACUUAUCAUCCCCUGCUACUCGCUGGUGGUUUUUAUUGGUGUCAUUGGGAAUUACCUUCUCAUUUAUGUGAUCUGCAAGACGAAAAAAAUGCACAAUGUCACCAACUUUCUGGUAGGCAAUCUGGCUUUCUCGGACAUGCUCAUGUGUGCAACCUGUGUGCCCCUGACACUCGCCUAUGCCUUUGAGCCCAGAGGAUGGGUGUAUGGGCGUUUCAUGUGCUACUUUGUGUUCUUGAUGCAACCUGUCACUGUGUUUGUGUCUGUCUUUACCUUAACUGUCAUAGCUGUGGACAGGUACUAUGCCAUGGUGUACCCCUUCCGCAGGAGGCUCACCAUCCCUAUUUGUGCUUAUAUCCUGGCUGCUAUUUGGCUGCUGAGCUGCACCUUGGCUGUCCCAGCCUUGGUCCACACUUACCACAGAGAGUUCCCAGAACUGGAUUUCUCCAUUUGUGAGGAGUUUUGGUUCUACAUGGAAAGAGAUCGCCUAGCUUACGCCUACGGCACUCUCAUCAUCACCUAUGUUCUGCCUUUGGCUGUCAUCUCCCUGUCCUACCUGAGAAUCUCAGUCAAGCUCAAAAACCGUGUGGUCCCAGGCAACGUCACCCAGGGCCAAGCUGAGUGGGACCGAGCAAGGAGGAGAAAGACCUUUCGCUUGCUAGUCUUGGUGGUGGCAGCUUUUGGAGUCUGUUGGUUGCCGCUGCACAUCUUCAACAUGAUAAAGGACAUAGACAUCAGCUUGAUUGACAAGAAGUACUUCAAUUUCAUCCAGCUGCUGUGCCACUGGUUUGCAAUGAUGUCUGCUUGUACCAACGCCUUUCUCUAUGCCUGGCUCCACGACAGCUUCAGGGGGGAACUGAAGAAAAUGUUUGCCUGGAGAAAGAAGAAAAUUGGACCCACUACAAAUUGCAUUAUGGCCAGUGUGGUGCUGUAAAUAAGAGCUGGUGAGAGUGCACUUCCUUUGUACAGUAACACUGUAAGUCUUUUCAACUAUUAAUUAGGCCUGAUUCCUGACAUUUGUUCUCAGGGCUCAAUUAUAACAACACAAGUCCCGUGCGUAGCUUCCCCAGCACCUCCACUCCUACUGGAGAAGAGGAGGCAGACAUCGAGUCCCAGAAAUGUCUGUACUUUUUUGAGAGGAGGCCAAGGAGCAUUUAGCACAUUAAGAUACCCUUAUGUAAACUCCAGGGAUCCCUCCUGUCUGUUUUGGAUAUUGUUGGCAGUACAGACAUGGGAUCUGGGGACGGGGAGAAGGAGGGGUCAAUAUGAAACCUAAAUAUCUCAGUGAGGAAGUGCUUUGGAUCAGUUAAAAAUUAAAUCUGCGUAUCUAUCCAGAGUCCAGUCCUUAGCACAGGAUCCAGGGUGGAGGACUAACAACAGUCCUGUUGUCCUCUUGGGUUAGGGCCGUGCUGAAGAAUAGCCUAAGGCUCUCUGAAAUGCCCUUCCUGAGCAGCUGUUCUCAGCUGUGGGCAGGAAACCAGGUUGGUAGGAACUGCUCCGAGCCUCCCUCUGCCACCUGAGUUGUGGGGUCAACAACAGUGUGCAGGGGCCCCCCGACUCCUGAUGGUGUGAGUGGUGUGUGGGGUGAUGGCCUCGGCUCACCCUCGUUCCUUCUGAGCAUCUCUGUAGAAGACAACUGGUUUGUUGCAUACCUGGAGAUCCAUGUGUGGAUGAGGGUUCUGCAGCCCACGGUGGAGUGUGCUGUGUCUGCCCCACAUGGCUUCCUCCCUCACUGCCAUUUUCUCCUUGCCACUAGCCAAGUGGAUGGAACACCAGCCUGAGAGGGUUGCUCACCUGCCUGCCACGGCCAACAGCAUCGGGCAGGGAUCUGCACCUUAGGCUUUGGAAUCCAGCAUCAUUGUGUGAUCCCGAACCUCCUGUGUCUCAUGAAACUGCAGCACAGCAUGUAGCAGGGACACAAUAUUGCGAGAGGGGAAACAAACCCAGGGUGAUGUUACUUCUGUGAGGUGCCACUGCGAUGCAGGGUGUGCGACAGCCUGUUUGGUGGAUUUGCUGGUGAUGUUGCCAAGGACGGGCAGACUGGAAAUAUAAUGCAUGGUGGAAACUCAUCCAAAUAUGGGAACAUUAAAACACACCACCACUUUACUGACAUUGAAUUUUGCUCCUGCCAUUGUCUCAUGUAACCCCAAUUUGCUGACCCUCCCCCAAGGCAGCUGCGUACCCGGCCAGAGGAAUGGACAUCGUCAGAGAUUUGGCAGCGCCGACACGUUUUGUGCUCAUCACUUGAGGAACUGAUUUUGACAUGUGGCAAUGCUGUCAUCAGCUUUGGUCUCCAGAGACAGCCAGAGACUUUGAUACUGUCUUCAGGAGCACUUGUAAAGGUGCCUGUUAAGAGACAGUGGGUGGAAAGGGCUGUUGUCAUUGAGCCAUGUAUGAGCAUUGUGUGACCAGCCAAAGAAAGACCUGUCAAACAGGGCAGAGUGGCAAGUGCUCUCUUUUGAAGGAGUCUUUUGGGAAGAAGCGAUUUCCUUUGACAUUCACCUUUCAAUCAGAUGAGGGAGUUAGAAGCUAUAAUCAACCUAAUGGUUUCUAGUUUCUUCCUCCCUCUGUCUGAACUGAAAAUAGCCCAGGUAAUAGAUAAGAGUAAGGGAAGAAGUUCUGAAAGCAGACAUUGUUUCUGAAGAGGUUUCUUCCAGCCUGUGGAGCCAGAAUCUGGGAUGGCAAAAGGAACUGACUGAAACUGAGCUGAGAUCAGCUGGAAAAGCAGCACAAUCCAGGGGCAGUUUUGGCCAUUGUCAGCAAGGGCAUCUGUCUGACUGCAACUGCCCAUGGCCAGAAACUGUCCUGGUUUGAGGGUGUGGGCUGCAAGGCAAGGCAAAAAGAUGAGUAGGGAAAGGGAAGAAAGAGAGGACGGUUUCUCUAGUUUGUAAGUGUACUCCUACUGUGAAACUCUGAAUAUAAUUUCUCUCAUCAGCAUUCAGUAAGCUAAUCUGGUUAAAAAAAUACACAGAUGCAUAUGCACACACUGGGAACAGCAUUGGAAAAACGUUUGAAAUCCCUUCUUACAAAUUUCCUUAGAAUUUCAAGCUGUUCUGUUGCUUGUAAUGAGGAACUGGAUAUUAGAAGCUGAUGACAGAAACACUGAAUCAAAGAAAAUCCUUUUAAAGUGGGUAUUACUUGCAUUCACUCUGUGAUGAAAUGUAUCUGCCGUUCUUACCUUGAUUUAAAGAUUUGAAUGACCUAUUAAAGGAUGUUUUGCUUUUGCUGAAUUGUAGGGAAUAUUUUUUCCUUCAAGCUCAAUGUAGCAAGUUACAUGAAUAACUGGUGAUUUUGAAAAGGCAAAAAACCCUUCCAAACAAACCAACUAAAUUUUAUAAGUUUUCAGCUUCUGU